AUGUUCACUAAUUCCAAAAUUGAGAACAAAAAGAAACAGUAUAAGAAUUCCCUAUGUUCGAAAAAUAGGAACCAUAAGAGUCGGAAAGGGUCUCAGACUGUAUACAAGCCAUUACAGUCAAUGACCAAUUCCAGGGUUCACAGUAGAAUGAGGAAAGGCUUGUCUUCUAAUAAAUAAGUCUUUGAAUAAUAUCUGAAUCCCAAGUACCUCCCCCUUACACCCUAAGAGUUUGAAUAAAGAAGUGAAGGUUAAUAACUCCUUGGUGUUUGCAAACGACAAAAAGCUACUCAGUGAGGAAUACUUCAGAGGCCUCAAGAAACAUCUCAAGCUAAUCUCCUUCCCAGAUGAUAAGGAAAAUGCCAUGGUGGAGGUGCCCUAUGAGCUCAAGAACUUCUUGGAGUCUGAGAUGAACCUCGAUGAUUAUGAGCCUCUUGACCGUCAAGAGAAACUGCCUAAAAAACAACUCAUUACAAUCAAUAUGAAGAGAAUUAAAUGUAAUAGUAAUUCUAAAGAAAGUUUUAAAAUUUUGUCCUGGAAUCCAUGAGGAAAUUUCAAAAAGAAAGAAUUCAAAACUAAUGAAGACGCCAAGCUUAAUGCUCUCAAGAAGGUAAUCGAAAAAGCAUCCCUUCGAAACCAGUCAGAAGGCUCACAAGUUAAUGAUUCUAGCUCAAGAAAAGAUGAGAGGCCUCGAAGUACCUCAUAUAAGGACAAGAAGCCGAGAUCAAAGAGUAAGAAGAAGAUUAACCCGAAUUCUGUCAUCUCCUUAACCCUCAAGGUUGACAGGAAUAAAGUACGUCGGAUCCAAUCUGCACAUGCUGUGAGAAGGAGUAAAGAAGGUAGUAUUGAACGACUUAAGUACCCUAAAUGGUCCAAAUUUGAUCCUUCUCGCUCCAAGUAUGACAUUCCUCGAGUGAAAGAAGACAUGAUAUUUAAUGAUUGGUGAUACCGGAAAGAAAUAGAAAAGCAGAUCAAGCACAAGUUGUUACUCAAGAUGAGCAAAGAACUGCACGAAGAAAUUACCAUAAAGCAUGAAAUGAAAUCCAAACAGGACAAGAUGCGUAUAAAGAAGAUGGAAAGGUGGUUCUCAAGGAAGAAGCGUGAAUUAUCCCAAAAGAAAAAGCUGGAUAAAUCCAUCUCAGCACUGAAGCGCAUCCAGGCACAGAACAGGAAGGAAAUGAACAAACAGGCCUUCAAGAAGUGGCUAAGGAAGUCAAUGGGAGAUCUGAGGAUUGAAAAAUUGAAAAUGAAGGAAAUUGAGAAAGAAAAAGAGCGUGAAAGAUUAUAUCUCCAACAGGAAAAGAAAGAGCACAAGAGGAUCGAAGGCGAGAUAGCAUUUAAGGAAUGGGUUAAUAAGAAGAGAGCCCAGAAAAGAAAGGAGAAAAGGAAAAAUCUAGAUAAAUCACAUAAGGAUAAACAUAAGAGGCCACAAUCCUCCCAGAAUGAUGUCUUUUUAGCAUAUAGCUACAUGAGAAAGAGCAGGACAUAAAAUAUCAAAACAGUUGAUUUUUCAAUUAGAAAUUUAAAA